CACAAACAUAAACAGAUAAUACCACUCUAUAGCACAAUUAUGGCCACAUUGACAUACCCAUCCAUGAGAAACGCCAUUGUCUCUCUUUCCUUGCAUGUCCUGGCCCUUUCGUUCUCUGUCCAGGGGCGACCGGCCACGUUUCUGCAGGACUUUCGGAUUACCUGGUCCGACUACCAUAUCCGGCAAAUCGAUGGAGGGAGGGCCAUUCAACUUGUUCUAGACCAAAGUUCAGGAUGUGGGUUUGCCUCCAAGAACCAGUACUUGUUUGGACGUGUUAGCAUGAAGAUCAAACUCAUUCCUGGGGACUCUGCCGGCACUGUUACCGCCUUUUAUAUGAAUUCGGACACAGAUACAAUACGUGAUGAGCUAGAUUUUGAGUUUUUGGGGAAUCGUACAGGACAGCCUUACACUGUUCAAACCAAUAUCUAUGCCCACGGGAAGGGCGACAGAGAACAAAGGGUCAACCUUUGGUUUGAUCCUGCAGCAGAGUUCCACACUUACACAAUUCUUUGGAACCAUCGUCAUGUUGUUUUCUCUGUGGAUGAUGUGCCAAUCAGGGUUUACAAGAACAAUGAAGCAAAAGGAAUUCCAUACCCUAAGUUCCAACCAAUGGGAGUCUACUCCACAUUGUGGGAAGCCGAUGAUUGGGCUACAAGAGGUGGACUCGAGAAGAUAGAUUGGAGCAAAGCUCCCUUUUAUGCAUACUACAAGGACUUUGACAUUGAAGGAUGUCCCAGGCCUGGACCAGAAACAUGUGCCUCAAACCCUAAUAACUGGUGGGAAGGAGUUGCAUACCAACAACUUAACCCCGUUGAAGCUAGAAGAUACCGGUGGGUUCGCAUGAACCACAUGAUCUACGAUUACUGCACCGAUAAAUCACGAUACCCUGUCACUCCACCGGAGUGCUUGGCAGGAAUCUAAGCUCCAUGCAACGGACCACCAUCAAUUUGUUGGUAAAUAUGUAUUUAUAUUUGCGUAAAUUCACAUAUAGACAACUUAUAUAUUGCGUUAAAAGCCAUGCAACUCAAGGGGCAUGGAGAGAAUAAGAUUAUUAUUGUGUGGACAUCAAAGCUAAGUUUAUGAGAUUUGUGGGUAAGAGUCAAUGUAACGUUAUUGUUGUAUUAUUUUGUCUGUAUUUGCUGUACACUGUGAGCCAAUAAUGCUUUUUGCGUGAUUGUGAAAAGAAUGUAAUACUUUAUAGUAUCAAUUUUUCAACUUAGGUUUUAUGUGUAUGCUUUUAGUCAGUGACGGGUCUGAUCUUCCAUUGUAUGUUAUCCCAAUCGGAUGGUCAUGAUUGAGCAAUGUAUAUCAAGUGGGCCCCUUCUCCAAUUAUGUAAUAUGGAC